UUUUUUUUUUUUAAGUGUGGCUCUCAGCUGCCGAGGCGAAUGAUGAUGAUGGCGGAGCUGAUUCAGGGACAGGCCUCGGUGGUUCAGCCUGGAACGAAAGAUGACUUCGCAGACACGAUACGCCGGGUCCGACAGAUGGCAGCCAAGAUGGGAGGAGACCAGAUGCCCAACUUGAACAGUUCAUCUCCGGUCAUAGACCCCUCCCUCUAUGGCUUUGGAGGCCAAAAACGCUCUCUAGACAAUGGAGUGGGAAACCAUCUAGGUGCAAUGGUACAUCAAAGGGCUCUUACAACAGAAGACUUCAAAGUGCCUGAUAAGAUGGUGGGCUUCAUCAUUGGAAAAGGAGGAGAGCAGAUCUCAAGAAUUCAGCAGGAAUCAGGUUGUAAGAUCCAGAUUGCGUCAGACAGCGGAGGUAUGUUGGACAGACCCUGCACACUGACUGGGAGCCCAGAGAGCAUCGAGCAGGCAAAAAGGCUGCUGAGUGAGAUUGUAGAGCAGUGUCGGUAUGGUCCAGGCUUCCACAGUGACAUGGAUGGCAACAGUUCCAUCCAGCAGAUGCUUAUCCCUGCCAACAAAGUCGGCCUGGUCAUUGGCAAGGGAGGAGAGACUAUUAAACAGUUGCAGGAGAGAACAGGGGUGCAAAUGAUAAUGAUUCAGGAUGACCCCAUGCCUACUGGAGCAGACAAGCCCCUGAGAAUCACUGGGGAUCCCCACAAAGUGCAGCAAGCCCGUGAACUUGUGGUGAAGCUCAUUCGGGACAAAGACCAGGGAGACUUUCGGACUGGCAGAGCAGACUUUGGAUCCAAAAUGAGUGGAAGCAGUCUGGAUGUGGUUGUGCCCAGAUUUGCGGUCGGCAUUAUCAUCGGCAGGAAUGGAGAGAUGAUCAAGAAGAUUCAGAAUGAUGCAGGUGUGAGAAUCCAGUUCAAACAAGAUGAUGGAGUCAGCCCCGACCGUGUUGCUCAGGUGAUGGGCCAGCCUGACCACUGCCACCAUGCGGUCCACCUCAUCAACGAACUGGUUCAGACUGCUCAGGAGAGAGAUGGAUUUGGGGGCAUUAUGGGGCGCCGAGGGCGAGGUGACUGUAACAUGGGGGGACCUGGAGGACUGCAGGAAGUUACAUAUGCAGUACCUGCUGAUAAGUGCGGACUGGUGAUCGGAAAAGGUGGAGAAACCAUUAAGAACAUCAAAGAGCAGUCUCGUGCCCACGUGGAGCUACAGAGAAACCCGCCGCCCAACACCGACCCCAACAUACGCAUCUUCUCCAUCCGAGGCACCCCUCAGCAGUUGGAAAAGGCCCGUCAGCUGAUCAAUGAGAGAAUUGGGGGUCCGGGAAUGGGGGUCAACAGCAGCUUUAAUAUGAAUCCUUACAACCAAGGACCAACCACACCUCCUCAGCAUGGGCCUCAGACUUUCAUGACUGGAGGAUGGGGUACAACUUUUCAGAUCUGGCAACCUCAAAACCAGCAAGAUCACAGUCACAAUGGAUCCCAGACGGGCCAGAUGGACUGGGAGCAGUAUUAUAAAAAGCUAGGUCAGCAAAACCAACCCCAGAGCUCUGCUCCUGAAUACAACAAAGCUUGGGGCCAGACUACCGGUCCUGGAUCUCAGCAGACCUCUAAUCCUGACUAUAACUCCUGGGUUGACUUCUACAGACAGCCGAUGGCCUUCUUCAACCAGGGCACUCAGCAGUCCCAAGCCCCGGGCCUUCAGGAUCACUAGAGAGGACGCCCAAGUAAAAGACUUGAAUCACUGAGUGGAUGAAAACAACCCUUGUUUAAUGGAGGGGUCUAGAUUUAAAACGCCUUGAAGACUUUUUUUUCUUAGUGAGAAACACUAGCUGUAGAAUGACUUAUAUGAUAAAUAUUUCUAAAAUCAGGAACAUUUAUUUGUUACUAAAUGCUUAUGUACACUGUUAUUUUGGAUAGACAGUAUCUGGGAUCCCUUUUUGGACUUGAGAGAGCUGUUUUUGUUUUUCUAUAUUUUCCUGUCUUGACUCAGAUUGUAAACGCCAAAAUGAACCCAAGAGUUGUAACUUUUCAAAAGGCAAUAUGAUCUAUUUUUUCUAGUUUAUGUGGAAAUGAAACAUUGAUUAUGUGCUUAGCAGUCUUGAAUACCGUUUUGUCACAUGUCAUAAAAUGUUUAAAGUGUGUUAAUGUUUUUCUUUUACAUAAUUCAUUGAAAUUAAACUGUGAUGUUUUGUUACAGGAAAUGUAUUUUUGUUAUAAGGUAUAAAAAAAUGGGUUAAUGUCAGCCAGUGGCAGUAGUUCUAAUUUAAUUCCUGUUGUGCUUUGUAUGCUGUUUUUCAUUGUCGUUUUAUUGUACUCUGGUUAAAAAAAAAAAGGUGCAAUAUCUUAUUUCACUUUUGAAACAAAGAUAGGUUCUCUAAUAUGUUGACAGAUUUUUAACUUGUAGUUUUAAGAUUUUUUUUUUCCUUUUUUUUUCAAAUGGAAAUGUCAUGGAUAAUUUAUUACAAUGAUCUGAUAUGAUAGGAUUUAGGGGGAUGUUGCAAAUAGCUUUUUUGCCUUUACUACCUUGUACAACUAUGUAUAUAUGCUCAUAUAUUUGACUGUUAAUUUAAGAUAUAUAUGUUUCAUAUAUAUAUAUAUACAUAUAUAUAUACACUUAUAUAAUUUUUCCCCUGUGAUCAGCAUCACAGGAAAAAUUGUCCCUCUUUUUCUGUUCUGUUUUCAUACUGAAAAUGUUCAAAGGUUGUGAAUGUGCGAUUUGAAAUUUGAUGUUGCAUCUUGUGAAGAGAAAGAGGUGGUAGAUUUUUGUGUAUACUCUGUACCUGAGCUAUUCAAGACUGCUAAGCUUCUGCGAUUCGUACCUGUGUAAUUAAUGUAGUAUUUUUAUGUUUUAAGGUAUUAUGAUCAAAAACUUUGUCUUAUUUGGUACCUCCCAGUUCGCCAACACCCCACCAAUUCUUUGCUGUGGACUCGGUGGGGUGCUGGACUCAGUCCAAUGCUAAUAACUUUUUAAUUAAUUUUUUAUUUCUGUGUGAUCUAAUAUAAAUGAUAAAAAAAUGAUUCAUCAUUAUGGAGAGUGAUUCUGGUAUUAAUGUCAUUUCUUAAUGAAAAGGGAUAUAAUUUCAAAAUGUCUAAUUAUGGUGGUUUUUUUGUUUUGUUUUUUCUUUGUGUGUACAGUUAACCGUGUAUUAAAAACAUCCAGACUACCUUUAUGUGUACUGUUGAGCUAAUUUUCUGUUGGAUGAAUAUUAUAAACAUUUGGAUGUCUUUUGUUGUACUCUGCUACUAAAGUGUUGAAACUGAGAGCUCUUGUGUGUACUAACAGGUGAAACAUAGAUUUAAAUAGGCCAAAUGUAUGUUUUCAUGUUUUAUAAGCAGAAAAUCUAUAUUUUCUAUAGUCAACUGCCAAUUCUCAAAGUUAAAUAAAUUUUCCGCAAGCCUC